AUGGAGCUUGCUCUAAGCUUAGGAGAUGCGCCAAAAACAAUCUCGGUUGCCGAUCAAAGCAGAUCACAGCAGCAGAAGGUCAAGGAAUUAGGGUUUUGCAUGAACGUAGGAAGCAGCAGCGCUAGCAUUAAGACUCCAGAUCAUGAUCAGUAUAAGAACUUCAGUGAGAAAAACGAUGAUGAUAAAACAAACUGUUCUUCAUCAUCGUCGGAUCAACCACCUCUUCAGCUUGAUCUCCUCCCUUUCUCACCAGCUCUCAACCAAUCUCCACCACCACCACCUUCUGGCGGCCGUCCUUUUCCAUGGCCGUCUCAAAUUUUUAUAUCAGACCCAGAUUCGAAAACUAAACGAGGAAAAGGGCUGGAUGUGAAGCCAAUAACAGCAGUAUAUGAUCCAGACAAUGGUGAAGAACCCGCGACCCUUCAGUCUUCUCCUACGGACAGUAACAGUGAUACAUCAUCAUUUCAAAUGGAUUUCUCUUCCAUUUUCAGGAGCAGCACUGGUAGCAGUAGAUUGCCAUUAAAGAAUAGGGAUUUGGAAUUAGUAACGGGGAAUAUGGAUUAUUUAGUGGGAGUUUCAGAAAGAGAUCAUCAACGAGUUUCUUCAAGACGAGGAGGGUAUGUUGGAACUAGUGAUGAAGAUGAAAAUGGGUUGGGCAGAAAGAAACUCCGACUCACUAAAGAACAGUCUGCUUUUCUUGAAGAAAGCUUCAAAGAACACAAUACCCUCAACCCUAAACAAAAGCUAGUUCUAGCAAGCCAGCUGAAUCUUCGUCCAAGACAAGUUGAAGUGUGGUUUCAAAACAGAAGAGCAAGAACAAAGCUGAAGCAGACUGAGGUGGAUUGUGAGUAUCUAAAGACAUGCUGUGAAACAUUGACAGAAGAAAACAGGAGAUUGCAAAAGGAGCUUCAAGAAUUAAGAGCCUUAAAGACUUCCCAGCCUUUUUACAUGCAACAUCCUGCUACCACCCUCACCAUGUGUCCUUCCUGUGAGCGAGUCGUCACCACCACUUCUACAACAACUCCAGCCAGCAAGCCCACCACCACCACCACAGUCCUCCAACAAACCACCAGUGACUGCCCAUCACACUAG